UAAACCAUUACCUUUAAAUUAAUUAAGAAAUAACAAUAUUUUGUGACUUUUAUUCCGACGACGGCAAUAUUAUAUAAAGGGAGAAUCUAAAGAUGCAGCUGGAAGAAGUGAAUCUUCUCUAUCUGUUUAGGGCACGGUGAGGUUCAAGAAGUAAGAAUACACAACAUACAAACUAUCAUGAUGAAGAGUGCUGCGUUCUGUCUGCUGGUCGCUGGGGCCUUUGCAUAUCAAGACAUACCCGCCUCUUACAACUUCGAUGAAGUAUUAAAAGACAAGACCAAGCUGCACGACUUCUUUGGCUGUUUCCUCGACAAGAACCCUUGUACGGAGACCACAUCUCAUAUCAAGAAUCAUCUCAAGGAGUUGAUCCUGGACGGAUGCCGGGAGUGCGACCUUCGGCAGCGGCACUACGCGCACGUGCUCACCAGCGCCCUCAAAGACAAGUAUCCUCAGGACUACAAGGAGUACCGCGCCAAAUACGACCCCCAGGGGAAGUACUUCUCCAAGUUCGAAGACGCCUUGGUCGUACUAGUUCGACGUUCACGAUGCGCAGUUCUACUUGGUUUCGGAAACUUCAUUGCGCGACAUCCAAUAGCGCUGCGGGCAUUUAAUAUGCCCGCAGCGCUAGGCACCAAUGACCGCACGGUAAAGUUUCCGAAUCCGUUAUCCGAAUAGUGAAUCACCCACGAAACGCCUUACACAGUCUGUGCGGUCGACCGGUCGCGUUGGUACCCACUCCCCUAUAGCUGCAGUUUCGACACGUUAGUUUUCCCAUUGGCCAAUAAAAGAUUAUGUUAUAAUACAGAAUG